AUGGCGGAGAAGAAUAUCGUGGUUAUCGGCACAGGUGUUUCUGGCUUGACCACGGCGCUGCUAUUGUCGCAAGACCCGCAAUAUCGAAUCGUCGUUGCCGCAAAGCACAUGCCCGGCGAUUAUGACAAGGAGUAUGCGUCGCCUUGGGCAGCCUAUCGUUACGAGGCAGUCAAGAGUCAAAAUGGGAGGGAAGCACUUGGAAAGUGCUCCAGGAUCUCGUCAGAAAUCGCCCUGGUGCCGGCAUUCACUUCCAAGGCAAAUUGCGAAAUUCAUCAACGAGCAAAAGAUGUGGGAACUCCUUCGGGAGACGGGUAUUCUGAGCUCUCCUCGGUGGACCCGUGGUUCAAGACAAUAGUGCUAAAUUUCCACCAGCUCGAUACACCCUCGGAUGCUGACUCGGCUACCCUUUGCAUGUCUGUGUGUAUCAACACUGCCAUCUACCUACCGUGGCUGGUAUCCCAGUGCCUCGAACGAAAGGUCACAUUCAAGCGGAAGCAGUUCAAACAUGUCCGGGAUGCGGCGGCUCCAAGCAUCCAUCCCGCUGAGAAGGUCGACCUGGUGGUCAAUUGUUCGGGGUUGAUGGCCUCCAAAUUGGGGGCCGUGGAAGACGACAAAAUGUAUCCCGCUCGAGGCCAGGUGGUUCUCGUCCGCAAUGAAUCCGACAAGAUCAUGGGUGUCACUGGCACCCACGACUCCGGAGAUGAGCCAUAG